AUGGCCAUACAUGCGUUUGUGUUGAUGGUGGUAGCUCCAAUAGUUCUUGUGUGGUACUUGGCAAUUAGAAGAGGCAAGAAACCCUCGGAGCCGACGACGUGGCCGGUGCUGGGGAUGCUGCCGGCGGUUCUCCUUAACCUCCGCCGCAUUCACGACUUCGCCACGGAAAUCUUGAGCGAAUGCGGCGGCACGUUUCGGUUGGUGGGGCCGUACAUCGACAUGCUCGUCACGUGCGACCCGGCCAACAUCCACCACGUCUUGAGCAGAAACUUCUCGAACUAUCCAAAGGGCCCCGAGUUCCGCAAGAUCUUCGACAUCUUGGGCGACGGCAUCUUCGGCGCCGACUUCGAGCUCUGGGAGAUUCACCGGAAGACGACGCACGCGCUGCUCGCGCAUGCGGAUUUCGAGGCCCGGCUGCAGGGGACCGUCUGGCACAAGGUGGAGACGGGGCUCUUCCCGGUUCUCGAUCAUUUCUGCGGCGCCGGAAUGGAGCUGGAUUUGCAGGAUGUUUUGCAGAGGUUGGCUUUUGAUAAUAUCUGCAAAUUGGUGCUGGACUACGACCCCUGCAGUUUGCGCCCCGGCUUGCCUUCUCUUCCUUGCGAGAAGGCUUUCAGCGCAGUAGCGGAGCCGCUGCUGCACAGGUAUGUAUUCCCCGAGUGGAUGUGGAGGCUGCUGAAGUGGCUCAACGUCGGCGGCGAGAGGACCAUCACCGAGGCCGCGGCGGCGUUCGAUGAUUUCAUCUACCCGAGGCUCACCUCCGAUGUGAACGUUUUGAAAGCGUUCGAGAAGGUGUACGCAGAGAGAGACAUGGCUUCCUCAAACGGAAGUAGUCUCAGAGAUUUCCUCAAGGACACCUCGUUGAAUCUGAUGUUCGCCGGCAGGGACACGACGAGCACGUGCCUCACGUGGCUCUUCUGGCUCAUCGCCCAGAACCCGGCGUUGGAGGCGAAGAUUCUAGAGGAAAUGGAAGCGGAGCUCCGUCUCGAGAAAAAAUGGAGAUUCUUCAGCGCCCGCGAGUCGCACAGGCUCGUGUACCUGCACGGAGCUCUGUGCGAGUCGCUGAGGCUGUUCCCGCCGCUGGCGCUGCAGCACAGGGCGCCGGCCCGCUCGGAUACUCUUCCGAGCGGGCAUCGCCUCCGCGGCGGCGGAAAGCUCAUAAUAUCGUUCUACUCGGUGGGGAGAAUGGCGAGCGUGUGGGGGGAGGGGUGCUUCGAGUUCAAGCCGGAGAGGUGGAUAUCGGAGAGCGGGAAGAUCAAACACGAGGCGUCGUACAAGUUUCCGGCAUUCAACGCGGGGCCGAGGAGCUGCGUGGGGAAGGAGAUGGCGUUGGUGCAGAUGAAGAUGGUGGCGGCGGCAAUACUGUAUGGGUACGAGGUGAGGGUGGUGGAGGGCCACCGGGUAGCUCCGCGGGACUCCAUCAUACUGCAGGCUAGGGAUGGAUUGAAGGUGUUGUUAUCUAAGAGAAAUUGAAGAUGAAGAUGCCGAUAAUUAGCACUGCCGCCUCCAUCACUGUGAUUUCUUAUAUAUUUCCAUUUUAUACUAUUACCAUUAUUGUGCUCCUCUAUAAUGUACUAUGAAUUAAAUCAUGC